AGUCUGAUUUGACGUCGAAAUGGGCACUUGCAGCUGACAAGGAUAGUGUUGAUGACACUGUAUGCAAAAUGUACGGCAUUAGCAAGGAGAAAUGGACCCAAUUUUGCCAGAGCCGUAGAGACCCUUCAUGGGAGAAUGUUCGAAAAAAAGCACAAGCUGUCCAAAAACAAAACACUGCCCCUCACGUGAUGUCUCGUGGGGGUUAUGAAUAUUUAGAAAAAAAGUUGAUGGAUGAGAAGAGAAAGAAAAAAACUAGAGGAAGCAACUCAAUCCGGAAGCACUGACACCGUCAUUGAUCCUCCAUCUCCCAUCAAACGACACGUGAAGUGGAAGCUAGCCCGCACCAAGAAAACUGGUGACAUGACAUCUGAAGCAGCAAAGGAAAUUGCUGACAAGAUUGAUGCGCUUGAGGAGCAGGCCUCACAGGGUUCCUUUGUUACCCAUGGACGUCAUGAUAUACUGACUGCUGCCAUUGGGCGACCAGAACACCCUGGUCGUGUGCGUGCUGUAGGAGCCGGUAUAACCAUCAAACAAUACUUUGGAUCAUCUUCAAGGACCUCCUCCAUUGCUCCCGAAUACCUGCAACAGUUGACGCAACAAAUCAAGGACCAACUAGAGGAUUCAAUCACAGAAAAAGUCACUCGACGGCUAAUGUUAUCCCUCAGCCAAAUGCAAUCACAGGGACUCGCACUGCCUCCUGAACCUGAUGUUGGUCCUUCAGCUGCUCGUGUCAGCACAAAGGAGAGUUGUGUUGAUCCCUCAGGGAACGAUCUAGACACCGGUGACUCAUACAAAUGUGGGUUGUAUAUUGAAGAAUAUCCUUCUCGCCUGGUUGCCCUGGGAAGAGUUUAUGAGGGAUCUACAACAAUUCACAACAUUCCUUUGCUGCAUGAUCAAGUUAAGGUUAGUGUUGAGGAGAUUAGAGAUGUAGAUGCUCCCAUUCCUGUACCCACUAAAGAGGUUAAGGUCGUGGGACAGGCUCUUAACACAUUCCUUGCUUGGCCGACACAUCUAGUCAAGCGUUUAUCAGAACAGGGAGCUGUGAGACCCGCGAAACCUGCAGAUAGGCCGGAUGAUGAGGUCGAUGAUCCGCUAUAUCUAAUGACAUUGACCAUUCCACAGCUUUUUCUGAAGCCAUUGCAGGUUAUGUGGGAUGCUACCUUGUUUGGCCUAUUUAAUGAAAACUUUCCCUUGUACAUAAAGCAUGAAGAUCUGUCUGAAAUUGCACAUGGUGGUCAAUGUCUCAGCAUAUCUGUUAUACAGUUGUGGAUUCUGCAUAUGACUGAGACAAGUAUGCGAGCUGGGAAUAUCGAUAUCUGA